AUGGUGAACAUGAGGAAGGUGACUCACCAGGCCAUCAGUGAGGAGCUCUCCCACACGGUGAUGCUGCCCUGCCUCUUCACGCUGCGGAGCUCCGCGGGUCCGAGCGGCCACGAGCCGCCCAGGAUCAAGUGGACCAAGGUGUGGGGGCAGCGGGGCUCCGACGGCCAGCAGAAGGAGCAGGCGGUCCUGGUUGCCAAGGACAACGUGGUGAAGGUGAAGAAGGCCUUCCAGGGUCGUGUCACCUUGCCGGGUUACCACGUCAACCGCUACAACGCCAGCCUGGCGCUGAAGGGCCUGCGGUCGAGUGACUCUGGCCUGUACCGCUGCGAGGUAGUGGUGGGCAUCAACGACGAGCAGGACACUGUGCCUCUGGAGGUCACAGCGAGCUCAGAGGCCUCUGGGGGCCCUCAGGGGCCCCGUGUGAACGGCAGCCAGGGGGUCAGAGGUCGGCGUGGUCGUGUGGCGAAGGGGGAGGAGACGCUGGACACUUCAAACGCCGCGCACGGUGUGGUCUUCCACUACAGGGCGCCGCACGACCGCUACGCCCUGACCUUCAGCGACGCCAAGAGGGUGUGCACGGAGAACGCCGCCGUCAUCGCCACCCCAGAGCAGCUGCACGCCACCUUCGCCGACGGCUACGACAACUGCGACGCCGGCUGGCUGUCCGACCAGAGCGUACGGUAUCCCAUCCAGUCGCCUCGGCCCGGUUGCUACGGCGAUCGCGAGGACUCUCCCGGAGUCCGUAACUAUGGCGUCAGGUCCCCCGAAGAGCUGUUUGAUGUCUACUGCUUCGCUAAGCAACUACAGGGUGAGGUGUUCCACUCGGCGACGCCUGAGAAGCUGAACCUGGCCUCGGCCUCCACCCACUGCCAGACGCUGGGCGCCCGGCUGGCCACGGCGGGCCAGCUGUACCUGGCCUGGCAGGCGGGCCUGGACCGCUGCGACCCGGGCUGGUUGGCGGACGGCAGCGUGCGCUACCCCAUCAACGUGCCGCGGAAGCACUGCGGCGGGAACGAGCCCGGCGUGCGCACGGUCUACCACAACGCCGACCGCACCGGCUUCCCGGACACCACGGCGCGCUUCGACGCCUACUGCUUCAGAGCCCAGCAGCAAGCAGGGGUCCAGGCUGUGGAGGCGAGGCCAGUGUACGAGACGACGGACCCGGCCACAGACGCGGCGUCGAGUGCGGCCAGAACCCAGCGCACCGCCUUCCGCUUCCCCGCCUGGGCCGACCCGGACCGAACCGGCUUCCCCUCCAACGACGCUGCGGAUCGAUCGUCUGAGAUCUCAGAGGAACACGUUGUGAUCCACCUGCCGUCUGCUGAGCUGCUCCAGCAGGACCUGCAGCGAUCUGAAGCUGUGCCCAUGGACAAUAAAAGGGAGGAGAAGGAGACUGAGGCUUCUUCUACGAGGGCCGGGGAGAACGAGAGGGAGGAGAAGGAGGCUGAGGGUUCUCCCACCACGGCCUCGGACACCACGGCGCCGGAGAAAAGAGCCAGACUCACUCCGUUCAGAGAGACCACAGGCCUCUUUAAGGCCACGGGGAACAAAGGGGCCGCGGAGAACGCCAUCAUGGAGCAAACGGGCGGCUCCUCGUCACCGAAGGCGCCAGCGUACACGCUUCACGGCCCGGGGGAUGGCCUGUCGGAGCUGGAGAGAGAGGUGAUGCCGUCGGUUCCAUUAGUGCCUGCCGACCAGACGCCAUGGCGUGCUGUGAGCACCACUCAGCUCGGAGUAAAAGCUUCAGGCCCGUCCCUCUCCAACACAGACCUCGUGAACCCCAGUCCCGGUGGGAGGGCGAGGCCCAACGAACCGGUCCAGGUCUCCGGUGCCCCGGGUCCGAGAGGAGGGGCGGACACAGCCCCCGUCCCCAGCGGUCGAUUCCGCUGGGCCGUGAACACCGUGCGGGCCUUCAAGCUAGAACCCCCAGGACACGCUGCCACUCACCCGCCGAUGGAGGCCAAAUCUGGGCCACUGGAAGUCAAGUCCCUGGCGUCCUCCAUGCGACAGGACCACCCAGAGGACGACUUCUCUGGGGACGGAAGCCAAGUGACCCCCUGUCCUCCUAAAGGGAGCACCGUGGAGGAGAAGCAGACGGAGGCCAGUGGGGAGGAGGGCGACCCCACCGGUGUGUUCAAGGCGGAGAGCUACACCCGGGACCGCACCACCGUCAGCCUAGACACCGACUCAGAGGCAGCGGGCCCCGGCAGCGAGCCGGCGAUCCGGGUGGAGGAACACACGACUCUGACGGCUUACCAGCUCGUACAGCAGCCCAGCGCAGGCCCUGAGGACCCCACCGCCAGGGGCACGGAGCAGGAGGCCCGGGGGGAGAUCCUCUUCGUCCAACGGCCCACCGACAACCACAUGGCCUCCACCUCCAGCAGGAGGGAGGGCAGUUCUACUUCCUGGUUCACCCCCGUGUUCCGGAAGCAGGGGAGGGAUCAGAGCAGGGGCGUGGAGGAGGCCCCGGGUUCCCCGCCCGCCGUCUCCACCGCCGAGGCUUCCGCGGAGCGCCUCACCACGGCCGCCGCGCAAACGACGACGACGACGACGGCCGAAGACCCCGGGAUGGAAACGGAGGCGGUCACCGCGGCGACGAGCCCGGGCGGCCGGUCUGCCGAAGAGCUCUCGAUCUCCGUUUCGUGGGUUCGGGCCGAGCGGACGGAGAGGACGGCUACGGACACGGCGUACUCGCGGUCGCGCCACUCGUCCACCGGCGGCCAGACGUCCCCGACCCCGGACCCGGCGCUGCCGCCCACCAACGUGUCGGACCCCACGGGGGGACGGGUCACUGGGUCUGAGGCCCGGCCCGCGGUGUCCGAGUCCUUCGUGGUGAGCGGUCGAUGGACUCCUCCGGCAAUAAAGACCCCGACUCCCAAAGAGAAGGGGGAGGGGGGCCAAUCAGAGGCGAGGACGACGGAGACCACCGACCAGAACCCGCUCGGUGCCUUCCUGCCUAAUUGGGGCCUGGCAUUCAACCCAACAGUGGAGAAGGACCCGUGCCAGACCAACCCGUGCCUCCACGGAGGCAGGUGUCUGCAGGAGGGGGACGGCUACAGCUGCUACUGCCCCCAGGGCUUCUCUGGAGAGAGCUGCGAGAUCGACAUCGAUGACUGCCAGUCGAACCCCUGCCAGAACGGAGGCACGUGCAUCGACGAGAUUAACUCCUUCGUGUGUCUCUGUCUGCCCAGCUAUGGCGGCACCACGUGUGAGAAAGACACGGAGGGCUGCGAGCACACCUGGCGCAAGUUCCACGGCCACUGCUACCGAUACUUCAGCCGCAGGCACACCUGGGAGGACGGGGAGAAGGACUGCCGCGAGCACAGCGGGCACCUGGCCAGCAUGCACAGCCUGGCCGAGCAGCGCUUCAUCAGCGGACUGAGCCACGAUAACACGUGGAUCGGGCUCAACGACCGGACGGUGGAGGACGACUUUCAGUGGACGGACAAGAUGGAUCUGCAAUACGAGAACUGGCGCAGCAACCAGCCAGACAACUUUUUCGCCGGAGGAGAAGACUGCGUGGUGAUGAUCGCUCACGAGGGCGGCAAGUGGAACGACGUGCCAUGCAACUACAACCUGCCCUACGUCUGCAAGAAAGGAACAGUGCUCUGUGGGGCUCCGCCCACCGUGGACAGCGCCUUCCUGGUUGGACGGAAGCGCUCCCACUACGACAUCCACUCGGUGGUGCGCUACCAGUGUGCCGACGGCUUCCUGCAGCGGCACGUGCCCACCGCCAAGUGCCGCGCCAACGGCAAGUGGGACCGCCCCAAGAUCAUCUGCACAAAGUCCCGGCGGUCUCAUCGUAACCGGCGCCAUCACCACAACGGCCGGAGGGAACGCAGGAAGCACAAGAAGCACGGCCACAGGGAGGGGGGCCACCAUGGGGGCCGGGACCAUAACCUGGGCCAAGACCACGUCCACUUCUAAACCAAAUAAUAAUAAUAACCCCCCUCGCCGCCCCCUCUCUCUCUCUCUCUCUCUCUCUUCCUCUAUCUCUCUCUCUCCCUGAUCCACCUGUCUCCAACCCUCCCUUCCUUGCUCCUCCCUCCGCCCUCCCCCCGUUGCCCCCGGUGCCGACUCACCCUUACCCCCAAACAACUUAAAAAACUCUCUCCCCAAGCUCCAACCCGCCCCCCCCGCGCUCCUCGACCCUUGUUUUCUGCCCAGCUAGGC